AUGAAGUUUCUAACCCUUAUUGCCAUGUUUCUUGUCGGCCUUGUUGCUCCUGUUGCCAUCCCCCUCCCAUUCAAAAACAAGAAUCUACUGUCUAGAACAGGCCAGAGCUCUCCUCGAAUUUCUCACCGUGGAUUUGUGAAGCCCCGAAAGAUCACCAAAUGCCGCGCCAAUGUCGACUGCUCCCCAGGAGUCUGUUACGACGGCAUCUGCCUCAAUUCAGAUAAGUAUGGCCCCGGAGUGGUCAUACAACCUGGAUCAGACCCUCGAUGCCGCAACAACACCGAUUGUAACCCGGGCACAUGUUCCCAAGGCAUCUGUAUCGCUCCUGUUUAG